GGCCCUGGCCAAUCCGUUGCGCGCGUUUCCUGGGCUCUUUUCCGCACGGAAAGAUCACGUGAACCUGGAGAAGUGACGUCCGGAAAGAGCCCCACUCCCUUUCCAGUGCUACCGCUGUUUCUUGACCUUCUACCUUGCUCUCCUUGGCGUGGAGCCGCUCAGGGACCUCCCCUGGCCCGCAGCAGGGGAUUCGUCGGUCCGGCGGGCGGUUCCAGCGUCCCCGAUUGCAGCUGGUCACGUGAGGAGUGGCCGCGGGGCGGGGCCGGUCAGAGGGGGCGGGGCCGAGGGAGGGCUGUCUGGUUCAGCUCUUAGGGCCCCGUCAGCGCUUGAGCUGGGGACACGGAUUAUCGCUUUGGCGUCUGUCACUUCUGUCGCCACCUCCUCUGCCACCAACACUGGCCUCCGUCAUGAACCCCGACCUGCGCAAGGAGCGGGCCGCCGCCACCUUCAAUCCGGAGUUAAUCACGUACAUCUUGGAUGGCAGUCCGGAGAACACCCGGCGCCGUCGAGAAAUCGAGAACUUGAUUCUGAACGACCCAGACUUCCAGCAUGAAGACUAUAACUUCCUUACUCGAAGCCAGCGUUACGAAGUGGCUGUUAAGAAGAGUGCCACCAUGGUGAAGAAGAUGAGAGAAUUUGGCAUCUCAGACCCUGAAGAAAUCAUGUGGUUUAAAAACUCUGUGCACCGAGGGCAUCCUGAGCCUUUGGACCUUCACUUGGGCAUGUUCCUGCCCACCUUGCUUCACCAGGCCACCGAAGAGCAGCAGGAGCGCUUCUUCAUGCCAGCCUGGAAUCUGGAGAUCACGGGCACUUAUGCGCAGACAGAGAUGGGUCAUGGAACUCAUCUUCGAGGCCUGGAAACCACAGCCACAUAUGACCCCAAGACCCAAGAGUUCAUACUCAACAGCCCCACUGUGACGUCCAUUAAGUGGUGGCCUGGGGGACUUGGGAAGACUUCCAAUCACGCUAUAGUUCUGGCUCAGCUCAUCACUCAAGGGGAGUGCUACGGCUUACAUGCCUUUGUUGUCCCUAUCCGUGAAAUUGGGACCCACAAGCCCUUGCCAGGCAUCACUGUUGGGGAUAUUGGCCCCAAGUUUGGUUAUGAAGAGAUGGAUAAUGGCUACCUGAAGAUGGACAAUUACCGUAUUCCUAGAGAGAACAUGUUGAUGAAAUAUGCCCAGGUGAAACCUGACGGCACGUAUGUAAAACCUUUGAGUAACAAGCUGACAUACGGGACCAUGGUUUUCGUAAGGUCCUUCCUCGUGGGAAGUGCAGCUCAGAGUCUGUCCAAGGCGUGCACCAUUGCCAUACGAUACAGUGCUGUGAGGCGCCAGUCUGAAAUCAAGCCAAGUGACCCGGAACCACAGAUUUUGGAUUUUCAAACCCAGCAGUAUAAACUCUUCCCGCUCCUGGCCACUGCCUAUGCCUUCCACUUUGUAGGACGAUACAUUAAGGAGACCUACCUUCGAAUUAAUGAGAGCAUUGGUCAAGGGGACCUGAGUGAGCUGCCUGAGCUUCAUGCCCUCACCGCUGGGCUGAAGGCUUUUACUACCUGGACAGCCAAUGCUGGGAUCGAAGAAUGUCGAAUGGCUUGCGGUGGGCACGGCUAUUCUCACAGCAGUGGGAUCCCAAAUAUCUACGUCACGUUCACCCCAGCCUGCACCUUCGAGGGAGAGAACACUGUUAUGAUGCUCCAGACAGCCAGGUUCUUGAUGAAGAUCUAUGACCAGGUGCAGUCGGGGAAGCUGGUGGGUGGUAUGGUUUCCUACUUGAAUGACCUGCCGAGUCAGCGGAUCCAGCCACAGCAGGUGGCAGUCUGGCCAGCUGUGGUGGACAUCAACAGUCUGGACAGCCUGACCGAAGCCUACAAGCUUCGUGCAGCCAGAUUGGUAGAAAUUGCUGCAAAAAACCUUCAGACUCAAGUGAGUCACAGGAAGAGCAAGGAAGUGGCAUGGAACUUGACUUCUGUCGACCUUGUUCGGGCAAGUGAGGCGCACUGCCACUACGUGACCGUUAAGGUCUUUUCAGAUAAACUCCCCAAGAUUCAAGACAAAGCCGUGCAGGCUGUGCUCAGGAAUCUGUGUCUCUUAUAUUCUCUCUAUGGGAUCAGCCAGAAAGGAGGAGAUUUUCUUGAGGGGAACAUCAUCUCAGGGACGCAGAUGUCACAAGUAAACGCUCGGAUACUGGAGCUGCUCACACUGAUCCGCCCCAAUGCUGUUGCUUUGGUGGAUGCCUUUGACUUUAAGGACAUGACACUUGGCUCUGUUCUCGGCCGCUAUGAUGGGAAUGUGUAUGAAAACUUGUUUGAGUGGGCCAAGAAAUCCCCACUGAACAAAACAGAGGUCCACGAAUCUUACCACAAGCACUUGAAGCCCCUGCAGUCCAAGCUUUGAAGUUUUUCUGGGGACAAAUCUGAGUUCCACAAAGCACCAGGAAUUCUCUCCUUGAUUCACUAAUCCUUGUGAAAUCGUCAUCAAAUUUGUGUAGCUAUAGAGCAAAUGAUGGGCUGACCUUUUCCUCUCUCUAAGUAGAGAAAUGAACAGACUUUAGACAUUAAAUGAGAAAUUCAGCAUUUUAAGUGUAGCAAUGCAGAGACUUAGGAACCCAGAAAGCUUCAGGGCUGUGGUCUUGCAUUUGUUUGUACUGCUGCUAAGCUCUGUAGGCCUUGACUCUGGGGGAAUUAACAGAGUUUAACUACUAAAUACUUAGCUAUUUUCACAUUUUUACUGCUAAUCACUGAAUAUAUGUUUUUUAAACAAAGGUGUGAUAUAGAGUAGAACUUUCCAGGCUUUCUGAUCUCCCACUAAGAACAGGAGUUUAGGGGCCUGGAAACUAAUAGAAACCCUGCUGUGGGUGUGUGGCCAUUAUGUGUGCCCCUGCUGCCUGCUGUGUGGGUGUGUCACCCCUUUUAACUGUCACAUUACCAUAGUCAACAAGAGGACUCCUUAAACACCUACCCACCAAGAAACCAGAGCUCCCGGUGGGAGUGAGCACCCACUCCAGGCUCAGUCUUCCUGGUAGUGGGUCUUGCACCUUUAACCCCACUUUCUGACAUAAUUUAGUUGCUUGUCUUUACCUCCAGGCUUUCAGCCAUUGCCUGGGCUUCAAUCAUGGUGGCUGACCUUCCCUGGCUUGUUUGCCUUCUCCUGGAAGAGAUAAUAGAGAUAGUACCAGGUCUUCCUCAUAGAUUAAGUAUAGGGAGACCCCUCAGCUAUGGUAUUACUCUAUUUUGGUGACUUUGUUAAGUAAAUUUCCUGGGGACAAUCCAGAUUUGAAAGAUGCUAUCUUCUUGUUGUCAUAGCUAUUAAAAUGCUCAGUGGUCAUCAAAGUCUUUGAUAUAAAAAAAUAAAUCACUCAGGUCACCUUUUACACCAGAAAUAACAGGAAAGCCCUGGGCCACGGCCAUCGGCUGAGAGUGUUAGUUGAGAAGAUGGAUCAUUGAAGCGGCUGAAGAAUGAGUGCAAGCUGUGGGGAGUUUUCUCACUGGGCAGCUGGCUUUGUGGUAAGCUGCUAGCAGUCUUAUGAGGUGGUAAAAUGGCCCCUUCAUACGCACAGCAGCCUCUGCAGUCAUUCUGACUUUAAAGCUGAAACGUGCACCUUUUGUAGUAUGUGUGUGUGUGUGCAUUUUUUGUGUGGUGAUUUUUUUUUCUUGAGACAGGGCCCAGAGUGGCCUUGAACUCUGAUCCUCAGCCUCCCAAAUGCUGGGGUUACAGGUGUGUGCUGACAUGCCUGGCUAAUCGGAAUUCUUUGUUCUUAAAAGCACAGUAGAGAGAUCAUUGUAACCUAUUAAGUCUGUAUCUGUGGCAUUUCUUUUAGAACAGUUCUGAGAAUACAGUAUAACUGGAGUGGAAAUGAUGUCAACCUCUGACAUACAAUCAAAAACAUCAAAUUUGUUGACACAAGCCUUAACCUUUCUCCUGGAAUGACUGAUAAUCCCUGAAUAUUGACAAUAAACAGUAUGUCACCUUGUUGGGUUUCUAUUGACAGUAAUUCAUACUCUGGAAAAUAACAAAUAAAUUUAAAAUGACUGAA